GACCUGCGCUGCUGAGGACGCCCUUUCCAGCACAGGAGAGCUCGCCACUUGGGAGCGGCGGCGCCCAGCUGGCGCCCACCCCGGGUCCUCGCCAGGUCGGAAAACCCUCCUUUCCUUGGCUCCUGUGCGGCGGGGAGAGGGCAAAGUGAAUGGGAAGAUGGAGAUGGAUGUUGAGGGAGUUUCUCCGCGCCCGGAGCCCAUCCCCCGCUCCCAGGGGGCUGGCGGAGCCUGCCAGGCGCCGCCACAGCCGCCCCAGCCCCAGCCCCAGCCGCAGCCGCAGCAGCAGCAGCAACAGCAGCAGCAGCAGCAGCAGCAGCUGGCUCAGGAUGAACUGCCCGGCGAGAGUGCAGGAGCUGAGGACAGCGACGAUCCCGAGGCGAGACCCAACAGCGAGAAAGGAGAGAGCAAGAGAUAUCAUGGACUGAAAGGUGAUGGGUACCCCAAUGCGCUCUCACUACAAGAUCUCAAAGAUUCCAAGCCACUGGCUGCUCCAAGCAUAAAGCCACCGUUCUGGAGAGACGACAGGAAGCGAGCCUGGAGGAGGCUCCACUUUUUGGCCAGAGGACAGACCACCUCCUCAGGUGUCCUGGGGAGCUACUGAAAGACAGCAAGGAAGAUGCUACUGGUUCCCAGGAAAGAAACACAGCAGCUGGACCCAAGAAGCACCCAGAGUGGAGCUCAAGCCCAGCACCCCUUCAGAUGAAGCUCUCUGGGCUAUGGUUCUGGAUUGGACUGUCUUUGCUUUGCUAUCAUCUGCAUAACACACAGUUCUGGAUGCUUUUGAUUGGUUGGCUUUCUUUCUUCUUCUUUUUUUUUAUUCCCCCUGUCUUUUCUUUUUCUUCUCUUGGCUCUGGGAAUUGUAAGAAAAGAAUUACUUUAGAAAGUAUAAUUCUAUUGCUGACAUUAGGCUUGUUUAUGACCAAAUUCUGUCACCAGGGAUUUUCUGCAUUGCAAUCCCCGGUUACCUCGUAAAUGGGGCUGUGUGGUUUGAUUUGUGUAGUACUGAUCCUUAGAUUAAGAAUACAUUUUUUUUGUCUUGCUUUCUUUUUUUUAAGUCUGGAUCCAGGUAAUAGCCUGAGUCACAUUUGCUUAGCCUCUGGAGUGAUCUCAAUGUGAUAUCGCUUGGAGUUGAAAUAUAAUCAAACAUACAUUAUACCUGGGGUGCUUGCACACUAUUUAAUAUAUAUGUUACGCUACAAAGAAACACAAACCUUAUAGGUUGAAAUUUAAUUCCUGUUUGAUCCUGCAGCUAGAAUGGGGGAGAAAUUAAAUAUCAAAAGUGGCUUUAAAUACCCUGAAUGGAAGCUAACUGACAGUAACUGGAUGGUUUUGAAAUGCCAUUUUCUAAGGCAAAGCAGAAAUUGGAGAUCAACUGACCUCAUCAACAGUGUUGCUCAGGUCUGUCUGUGGAUCUGCUCAUCUUGGAGGAAUUAGAGAAGAGGGCAUGCUUCUGCGUUUGGGUUUACAGAAACUGUGGUAUUUAUGACUUACGUUCUGUAACUGUGCCUGCCUUGUAAUAAAACACCUUCAGCUUACUCAGCAA